GGCUGUAGCAGUGCUGUCACAGCGGGAGGAUGAACAACCACAAAUGUAGCACUUUAUUUCAGAAAGCCAGGGGACGGACGAGGAUCAUACAGUGUAUUUAUGUGGUGGGCUUCAUGGACUUGUUUGGGGUGAGCAUGAUCAUCCCGCUGCUGAGCCAUCACGUGAAAGCUCUUGGAGCCAGUCCCACUGUCGCUGGUGUUGUAGGAUCUACAUAUGGGAUCUUACAGCUGUUCUCAAGCACUAUAGUUGGCAGCUGGAGUGAUGUGGUGGGACGGCGAUACUCUCUGCUGACCUGUCUGCUGUUGAGUGCACUCGGCUAUGGCCUGCUCGGGAUGUCCAGCAGUAUCGCCUUGUUUGUGCUUGCAAGGAUACCUGUGGGGCUGUUCAAGCACUCACUGUCCAUCUGCAGAGCCCUGCUGUCUGACCUGGUGUCUGAGUCAGAGCGCCCUCUGGUGAUGGGACACUUUAAUGCAGCUUCCAGCGUCGGCUUUAUUUUGGGCCCUGUGGUGGGGGGAUAUCUCACAGAGCACGAGGGUGGCUUCUAUACCUCCUCAUUCACCUGUGCUGCCAUCUUCCUCAUUAAUGCAGGGUUGGUAUGGAUGCUACCAUGGAGCGAGUCUCUACUUCACCGUAAUGGCAUUAACUCCAGCAAUAAUACAAGUAAAGUUGGUCAUGACAACAACUGUCGUAAGUCCGUACACAAUGGUUCUCAUGCAAAUAGCAACCAUCCAGUUUUGGCAGCAGAGACUGACCCAGCCUACAGAGCUUCCGGGAAGCACCAAGGUGGUCUGAUGUCAAGGGAGGUGUCUCUGCUCCAGCCUGCCUGGAGACAGCUAUCUUCAGUGGGCUCCAAGAUCCACAUGGUGGCCUCCUCUGACAUGUGGGACCUUUUUUUGGUGCGUCUAUUGAUGGCCAUAGCUAUCAUGCUCUACUACAGUAACUUCUCUCUAGCCAUGGAGGAGCGUUUCUCACUUAAACCAAAGGUGACAGGUUAUCUGAUCAGCUACAGCAGCACCUUAGGGGCCCUGGCCGGGUUUUUGGUGGGGCCAGUCACCCAGUUGUACGGCAACAACAUGCCUGCUCUGCUGCUUCACUCCACAAUGCUCACCUGUUUGCUCAUUUUCUUGUACGCUGCUGCACCCAGUGUGUGGCAGGUGCUGCUCUCCUCCACAUUCUUUGCCAUUUCCACCAGCAUUGGACGGACAUGUAUCACAGACCUGGAGCUGCAGAGGGGAGGGGUCCAGGCCAGCGGGACUCUGAUCGGAGCCGGGCAGUCAGUUACCGCCGUCGGUCGAGUCCUGGCCCCGCUGCUCUCCGGUCUGGCCCAGGAGUUCAGCCCCUGCGGCCCCCCCAGUCUGGGAGUUGGUCUGGCUCUAUCAGCUGUAGGUUUACUGCUCAUCAGGAUCCCCAAGUGGGAUGGGAGAGGGGUGACAAAAAUAUUAAAAACACAUUGA